AUGGGCUACAUCGCACCAGAGAUAUAUUCUCCAAAUUUUCGUGGGGUAUCAUACAAGUCAGAUGUUUACAGAUUCGGCAUGCUGGUGUUAGAGAUGGUGAGUGGAAGGAGGAAUUCAGACCCAGGUAUCGAGAACCAAAAUGGGGUGUAUCUACCAGAGUGGAUCUAUGAGAGAGUAGUCGCUGGGCAGGACAUCACACUUAGUAGGGAAAUAGCUGACCAAGAGAAAGAAACAGUGAGGCAGCGGGCCAUUGUUGCACUCUGGUGCAUUCAAUGGAACCCCAAAAACCGGCCGUCGAUGACAAAGGUGGUUAACAUGUUGACAGGAAGGUCACAGAAUCUACCAAUACCACCUAAGCCAUAUGCCUAG